AUGACCACAGUUGAUGUUCAGACGUGUUUUGACAUUCUCCCACCAUUCCAACUUGUACGCUCGAUCGACCUUGGAUUAGGCGAAAACUAUGUGUUCGAUGUCGCCAUGAAUACCCAAUACACAGCUGCCUCUGCAUCUGAUAACCUAAUCCGGAUCUACGACCUCCAGACUCUUCAAUUAGCUCACACCCUCUCAUUCCAUCAAAAGAGAAUCUCAAAAAUGAAACAGGUCAAUGAACAAUUUCUCUUCUCGGCAUCAGAAGAUGGAACUCUUGCACGAUGGGAUUUGCGCGUGGCAGACAAACCUGUCCAGAUCUUCCGAUAUAAUAGACCUCUAUCUGCAUUUGAUUUAAACUGCAAUGAUUCUAUGGCUGUUGUGGGCACAGAGUUUGUUUCUAGCAUAGAAUCGGCUGAAAUUGGCUUCUUUGACAGCCGACAAGCUUCUCUUCUCUCUCGGUUUGUCGAAUCUCAUGGUGAUGAUGUGACAGAAAUUCAAUGUCAUCCAACCUUUCCUGCACAAUUCAUCUCUUGCUCAACUGAUGGUCUGGUCAACCACUAUGAUGUAACCGAGUUUGAUGAAGAGGAGGCUCUCUUGUCAGUCGUUAAUUCUGGAUCAUCUGUCAACAAGGCAGGAUAUUUUGGUCCUAAUGCCGAGUAUUUAUAUUACUUGACCCAUCAAGAGACCUUUUCCCUCUACACUCUCGAGGGUGAUUUAAUUUUUGAUUACGGUGAUAUUCGAUCCCUUAGCGUUGCGUCCAUUGACUAUGCAAUCGAUUGUAGUUAUGAUCCUACCUCACAAAGAUUUUAUUUGGUUACUGGUAAUAAUGAGGGUGAAGUAAACACGUUCCAUGUAAAUAUUGGUCAACUCCAAUUGUGUCAAAGCCUCAAGGCUCAGGGAGCACACACCGAUAUCGUUAGAUCCCUUUGUUGGAAUCACAGUACACAAAGUAUCAUUACUGGAGGAGAAGACGGUCGUAUGUGCGCAUGGCAAGCAGUAGCAUAA